CAAAAACCAGUCGGUAAUAAUCGCGAAGUAAAUGUGUUUUGGCUUUGUAGAAAACGGUUAAUUAUAUGUAGAAUCUGGAUGUUAUGAUUGGUUAUGACCAGUGUCCGACCAUCCUCUAAAGAUCCGCUGUGUUGCUGUGAAUACGAAAAUGCUGAUGGGGAGAGGAGCCACAUUCUCCAGUGCUGCUGUGACUGUUUGGCGCUAGAUGAAGCUUUUGAUAGGUGUUUGACUUGUAAUAGUGUGUCAUCCUCCACAAUGCAGCGUGUUGUGGAAACGCUGUCCGACCGGUGCCGUAUUCCGUGGAUUGAUGGGAAGGGAGCCGUCAAGGCGAAGCUUGACAUCGUAGUCCCUAUAGUGGCCAUACCGUUGGCGCUCAUGUUCGCCACCAUCAGCGUCGCGGCAACCGUGGCCACAUUCAUCUGUCUGCCUUUGUUCAUGCUCACCUUCUACCGGAUCUGGCGUCGACUCGGUAACCGGCAGACAUCCUUCUUCUACGUGUGGGCGUUGACAUCUGUGAUAUUUUCGUACUUCGUUUUCAUCUCGUUCGUGAUACCUUUCCGAGAGAUUCUGCUGUGGGAAAACCUCAUUUUGUUCUCGUCGUUCGCGCUCAUGUUUUACAUGCUGUUCAAGGUGAAAAAGAACCCUGGCAGGUUGUUGACGGUUGUGAGACGCAGGCCAGACUUGUUGGCGAACAGUGACUUUGUUCACGGCGACAGCGAUUCGGCCGAGGAGGGCCGACGCGAUUCGAAAAAGUACGGAGGUCAGGGAAGUGAGUUCUCUAUGAGUUACGACACACCCACUCUUGCCGAGAAGGAUGUAAAGUGGAUCGACUCAAGGCCUAUACGAGGUGGUAAGCUAGUGACGUGGUGUGACAGCUGUAACUUCAAACGGCCCCCUCGGUCAGGGCACUGUACGAUAUGCGAAUCGUGUAUCACCAUCAGAGAUCACCACUGUGUCUGGGUAAAUAAUUGUAUUGGUGCCAAUAAUCAUAGAUCAUUCCUAGCGGCCAUGUUGUUGUUUAUCUUCUGUGGUUCCUAUGGUUCCCACCUCACCCUGACAACAAUAUGCACCCCGGAGAUGUAUUACGACUGGCUUCUACUGCCAAAUGAUUGCAGAUUUUUGUAUGCAAACUUCGAUACUGCGAUUAGUGUGGUGACUGUGUGCUACACGCUGAUCGCCGUCACCAUCAUGUCGGUGGGGCUGUUGUACCAGGUGGUGCUCAUCAGUCAGAACACCACAUCACAGGAGCUGCACCAGGCGUCGAUGCGCGGCAUGGUGUGGAUGGGACUCUUUGCCUUCAACAACGUCCACAACCACGGCAUCGUCGCAAACUGGGCUGAGUUUCUCUUUCACCACAGCCGCAAGACGUCAGGCCAUAUAGCCUUGUAGUGGCUUUUUGAGAGAUUUCUACUGAGAUUCUUGUCAGUGUAAUAUUAUUUUUCAUAUUAACAAUAAGAGCCUUUUUAAACACUUAGUCCGCCUUUCCAUUAAAGCAAUUCCACGCGUGGGUUUUUUAUUGGGUUCAUUUACUCAAGCUUUUCUGUAUCUGCGGACUACUAUAAAAAAAAUCGAAGUGUGCUUUGAACACAAAGUAAAUGGUUCACGUUAUGUUACUGUGCUGAAAAAAUAGCUAACAAAAAAAUUGUUCUUCUGUAGACUUUUUCAGCGCACUGAAUACCUGUACACAAAAUCGCAUAUUUGGAAAAAAUGCUAUGUAAAUGCAUUGUAUUGAUAAACUCAUGCGCGAAAUAGCAUUAGUGGGAAGUGGGGAGUGUUGCCAGUAUAUUGUUUCCUAUGAACAAUCUUUUUAACCAGUAAAGUAAAAAUUAAUUAAUUGUA